AUGGAAGGAUUGGGGUGCGUGCUAAUGGAAAAUAAGAAUGUGAUUGCCUUUGAUUAUAAGAAGUUGAAACCUCACGAGCAAAACUAUCCAACCCACGACUUGGAAUUAGCAGCUGUUGUCUUUGCCCUGAAAAAGUGGAGAUAUUAUCUGUAUGGGGUGACCCACUUGAUCUAUGGAGGACUUGUCUUUGCUGUUCACUUAAACCAUUUAAUUGGUGAUGCAAUUGGCUUGGUCCAAUUUCUGAAUGCAGUUAGCCAAAUAGCCAAAUAUCCAUCAUCGACACCUUCUCCACUGCUUGUGUGGCAAAGAGAGCUUCUAAGUGCAAGAAAUCCUCCAUGUGUUACAUGUGUGCACAAUGAAUAUGAAGUAGAGAAAAAUAGUAAUAGUUGCGCUAAGUUGACAAUUUUGGACCCUGCAGCCAACCUCCCACGCAAAGGCUUCUUUUUUAGACCGCAAGAGAUAAAAGCUAUCAAGAAAUAUCUUGCCCCAAAAAUUUGCUAUACAUCAAGAUUUGAUUUAGGGGCUGCAUUUUUAUGGAGAUCAAGAUCAAUAGCCUUACAAUUGGAUCUAGAAGAGAUUGUUAGUCUUGCUUGUGUGACGGCGGCACUGAUCAGAAAUUCCAGUGGUUAUCAUGGCAAUGGAUUUGUCACUCUUGCAACAGUCUUAAAAGUGGAGAAAUUAUGCAAUAAUCCAUUAGGGUAUGCAUUGGGGCUAGUGAAGAAAGCGAAAGAACAAGUAACUGAAGACUUCAUCAAAUCAGCCAUUGAUUAUAGUGCCUUGGAUGGAAAACCAGGCCAAGGAGAGGAUGGUUUUGUGAUGCCACUAUGCUUGCCUUUUGCAGCCAUGGAUAAGUUUCAGGAGGAGAUGGAGAAAAUGAUCUAA